ACGUCAGCGUGAGAGGGCGAGCGAGUGAACGAGACAGAAGGCACGGAGGUGUUAUUGGGUCAAUGACUAUGAAGACGCGCAGAAAAUGGACAGCAAAUUCUUUUCAAUGAAAUAUGCACAGGCUCUGAAGAAUCUUAUCCGCAACGUAGAAGGGGACAGCUGGGUGCAGAGUGAAAGAACAAAAACAUUAUUUGAAGAAAUCAGAGCAUCCAUCAAAAACAAUGUGGACCAGGACCGGUCAUUCUGGAGGCCUGUGCUCCCAUGGGGUGGUGUUUAUACAAUCAAGGCAGGCCGAAAGGCUAUUUCUUGCACUCCCCUCUAUGUGAAGAUCAACCUCAAGAACACCUGCACUAUUGAUGGUUUCUUAAUGCUUUUAUAUGUGAUUCUGAGAGAGAAGGAGACCUUUCCAAGGGAGGUAGCCAUAUACUUGGGCAAGGAUUUUGUUGAACAUUUUCUUUACUUGAUGGAUUCCUAUGAUUAUACCACAGUGAAGUUGCUUUGGAUAUGGGAUAAAAUGGAGAAGCAGCAGUACAAGUCUCAGAUUCAUAAGGCAGCCUUGGAGAUUGACCUGUUUGGAAAUGAACAUGAGAACUUUACAAAGAACCUGGAAAACCUUAUGUCCACCAUUCAGGAGAGCUUGUGUUCAAACUGGAAGUGCCCAGCACGCUUCCAGGAGUACAUGCAGAGAAUGAUAAAGAUUAACCCGCCACAUGAAAUACCUAAUGGUGACUUAAUUCAGUCUGCAGUAGAUGAAUUCUUCUGCCCCAAAAUAGUGCUAUGUGAAGAAAUUGGGUGUGAUGGACAACGGGAGUUCUCCCAGAGGGUAUUUUGUCACGGUCCCCCACCAUUUGUGAUUUUAAACAUGCAGCUGUGGAAGUCUGAAGAGCUUGCAUAUGUUCCGUAUUACCUAGACUUGUCUGAUCACAGAUAUUCCCUGGAAGGAGCCACUUUGUUUAACAAGGAGGAGCAUCAUUACUCUGCAGCUUUCCAGAUCGAUGGCUACUGGAUGCACUACGACGGUCUCAGAAAUGACAACCUUAUUUUAUUAAACAAACCUCCACAGUUCUUGCUCCUUUCCUCACUGGUUUAUAUUCGGGCAACAGAAAACUGAGCUUUCAGCAAUGAGGUAAAAGAGAAAACCACCUGAACUCACCAACUGGCUGGCUUUCAGCAUGCUUGGAAUCCAAGAAUAUGUACGGACUAUAAUAGUUCUUCAAGUGAAUCAGUCACAUGUCUUACUCGCAAGUUAGCUUUCAGUGUUCUGCUAACGAGAAUGAGCUGCCAG